AUUACAAAACGGGUCAAGCCAGUUGAUCUUAAUUUUCACGACAAUACGUAAAUUAAUUGCAUCGUGCAAGAAUGACGCAAUAUAGUAGCUGUAGCAGCAGCAGUAGCAGCAGCAGCGGAAAUGAUUUCAAAGAUCGUGGAGAUCGAAGAGUGCUGGAGCAGAAACUCAUGGUCGCCGUUCGUAUUCGUCCCUUGGUUCAAAAUGAAAACGGUACUAGAUGUUUGCACGCUGUUAAUAAUAAAAUGGUGGUGCUGGAGGAUCAAGACAGCGAUAAACAGAAACGUGCGGCGCCGCGGCAAUAUCUUUACGACAUAAUCUUUGGAGAAAACUCUACUCAGGAAGAAGUUUAUGAAGCCACAACGAAAAAUUUAGCACAAGAUGUUCUCAACGGUUAUAACGCCACCGUAUUUGCGUAUGGUGCGACAGGCUCGGGAAAAACAUACACAAUGGUAGGAACUUCAUCGAAUCCUGGGAUCAUGGUACGUGCUCUGAAUGACAUUUUCUUAGCGGCCAAAAAAUUACCGGACGACGCGAAAUUUACGGUAACAAUGUCGUAUAUGGAGAUUUACAAUGAGAACAUCCGCGAUCUUCUGAAUCCCAGUUCGGGAAACCUGGAUUUACGCGACGACACCCGCGGUCGCAACAUUCAAGUUUCAGGAUUGACGGAAAUAUCCACUAAUUCGACCGAAGAAGUUAUGCGGUUAUUACACAGAGGUAACAAAGCGAGGACGAUAGAACCGACAGCCGCGAAUAAAACCUCGUCACGAAGUCACGCCCUCCUCAGUGUUACAGUCAGGCAGUCUUCUCAUUCGAUUCAAGAUAGUGAUAAGUGUCUGCACACCAAAAUCAAACAAGGGAAAUUAUUUAUGAUCGAUCUCGCCGGGUCUGAACGAGCGAAACAAACCAAAAAUAAGGGCAAAAGGCUGCAGGAGGGCGCGCAUAUUAAUAGAUCUCUUCUAGCGUUAGGUAACUGCAUCAACGCGCUGGCCGGUGGUGCGCGAUAUGUGAAUUAUCGCGAUUCUAAGCUUACGCGGUUGCUGAAGGAUGCCCUAUGUGGCAAUUGUCGAACUGUCAUGAUUGUCCACGUGUCGCCGGCUAGCGCGCAUCGCGACGAAAGCAAGAAUACCCUGAUGUACGCGGAUCGUGCCAACAGAAUCUCUAACAAAGUCGAGCAGAACGUGUUGGACGUCAGUUAUUUACACGUCGCGCAGUAUCGCGAUAUAAUUAGCGAUUUGAAAAACGAGAUAUCUCGUCUGCGAAAUAAGAUGAAAAGCGACAGGCCAAAGAGAAUGGAAACAGAAGAGAAAAUGUCGGAUAACACACACGGUAACGAUUUCAGAUCGUUAAGAGAAAAGAUCGUGUUCGCUUUUAAAGAACAGAUGCGUCUGAGGAGAAAGUUAAUGGAACUAGACAGUCAUCUUCUGAGUUUGAAUAUCGCCGCCGAACAGCAACAUUCCAUAAUCUCGCAUUGGGAAUCGAAAAAUAAUAGGGUUUAUGGAAAAACACGGGAUUCCGAGACAGAUCGUCCAAGCACGGAUUACCAAGUAGAUGAAAUAGAUGACAUGGAUCUCUUAAAGGACGAUCUGGAAGACGAUUCAGCCGUACAGCAAGCGUGGACGGAACUGACGGAGAUUACAAGAGAGCGGGAGAGAUGCACCGAAAUGCGCAUCGUCGCGGAGAAAGAACUCGAGAUAUGUCGGAAGCGCAGUGCUGAACUCGAGGACGAAUUGCCGUCGCGCAUCAAUUCGGAUGAGGAGCGGGAAUUGUUGGCGCUGAUGCUGCGAGUUCACGAGCUCGAAGCAGACAAAAUGAUGCUGCAAAGUGAGAGACUGGUUAAACAGCACGAACUCAGACGUCGUGAAUUACUGCUACUUCGUUAUGACCGACAGCGACAGAUCUCUGAUGAAAUCAUCACUAGGCAACGACGGAUCAUGGAAGAUGGCCGUCUGGCGCUCCCAGCCGACCUGCAGAAUCUUUAUGCUUUAUAUCAGCAAGAGAUUCAAACCGCAACAUAUGUCAACAGCAAUCUCGGCGAUCUCAUGUCUCCGACCGUGUCGUCGUUCAGUCGCGGAAAAUUGCCGCCUAUAUCCAGUAGACUCAGCUAUAAUAAUCUUAGCAGCGACAUGAGAAUGGCGAGCAGUUCCACGGAUUCCGAUUGGGACUCGCCGCUACCGCCGAUUCACGAACCACAAGAGGAAGCGGAGCACGUAAUGGGACCAGUAGUGCAACCGUUAAUUUCACCGGCCGCCUUGUUUCCGCCGAUAUCGGCGGUGAACGCGCGAAAUUAUGACAAGAAACUUCGUCGAAUUGCGAGCGACAACAGCAUAAGCUCGAUGCGAUUGAUGCACAAUGACGACGACCAUUACAACGUUUCUGGAACGAAAAGCAAUGAUCGCGAGCCAGGUAGUUGAGAUCGACAUUGAAACGUUCUCGACGUCUCUCGCGAGCAGUAUUCUGCGGUUUAACCGUGGCGAUCUCAGAUGAUUCGUGUUCCUGCUGCUCGAUCAUUUCCUUGUCUCGAUCCUCGGAGACGGCCUCGCCGAGGGCUGGACUAUCC